AUGACGAGACGCGCGCCCUCCACAGCCAGCCCCCACGAAUCCGUGCUCUCCCUGCGCCAGCAGCUUUCCGACACGCUGUCCGCCAUGAGCGCCAGCAGCGCCUCCCACUCGCUCCCCUCGCCGACACCGGCCGCCGCCGCCGCCAUGCCAGCACCGACCUCAUCCUCCCCGUCGUCGUCGCCGUCGCCCGCGCGCACAAAAAACUUCAUCCUCGCCGACAUGGAGGGCCGCGCGCCCCGGGACAACCGCGUUUGCUCCCGCUGCAUCGCCCGGCUCGCCCCCGGCGAGAUCGGCCAGGUCAACUGGCACCUCCCCGAGGACCAGGCCUGCCGCCUGUGCCAGGUGGCGCGCUGCGAGCCCGAGGCCUUCACCAAGCCGUUUUGCGACUUUUUGCAGGAGAACCCGACCGUCUUCCACACCGUCGACUACUUUAAGCGCAAGCUCAACCACGCGGGCUUCCAAGAGCUCCCCGCCCGCGACUCCUGGGCCGACAAGGUCCAGCCCGGCGGCAAGUACUGGGUCUCGCGCAACGGUAGCUCGCUCGUCGCCUUCGCCGUCGGACGCGACUACAAGGCGGGCAACGGCGCGGCCAUGAUCGGCGGGCACAUCGACGCCCUCACGGCGCGCCUCAAGCCCGUCAGCACGCGGCCCUCCAAGGCCGGCUACCUGCAGCUGGGCGUCGCGCCCUACGCCGGCGGCCUCAACCAGACGUGGUGGGACCGCGACCUGUGCAUCGGCGGCCGCGUCGUCGUCCGCGACGCCGCCACCGGCAAGACGUCGUCGCGCCUCGUCCGCGUCGACUGGCCUGUCGCCAAGAUCCCCACCCUCGCGCCGCACUUUGGCGUCGGCAUGUUUGGCCAGAACAACAAGGAGACGCAGGCCGUGCCCGUCAUCGGCCUCGAGAGCGCGGGCGCAGACGCCGCGGACAAGGCCGCGCCGCUUGGCCCGCCCGGCGCGUUCGUCAACUCGCAGCCCCCGCGCCUCGUUAGGCUCAUCUGCAAGCAGCUCGGCGUCACGGACUACACCUCGGUGCUCAACUGGGAGCUUGAGCUGUACGAUUCGCAGCCCGCGCAGACGUGCGGCAUCGACCGCGAGUUCAUCACCGGCGGGCGCAUCGACGAUAAGCUGUGCUCGUGGCCCGCCCUCAUGGCCCUCAUCGCUUCCUCCGCCGACUCCGACCACGACCAACAACACGCCUCCAAGAGCGGCGGCGGCGGCGACGACGGCUACAUCAAGGUCGUCGCCCUCUUCGACGACGAGGAGAUCGGCUCGCUCCUCCGCCAGGGCGCCAAGAGCAACUUCCUGCCCCUCGUCGUCGAGCGCGCCGUCGAGGCCCUCAACCCGUCGACCUACGGCCCCGGCCUCCUCGGCCAGACGUACGCGCGCUCCUUCCUCCUCAGCGCCGACGUCACCCACGCCGGCAACCCCAACUUCCUCGAGUCGUACCUCGGCGGGCACGUGCCGCGCCUCAACGUGGGCGUCACCAUCUGCGGCGACAGCAACGGCCACAUGACGACCGACGCCGUCUCCACGGCCAUCCUCCGCCGCGCCGCCGAGCUGUGCGGCGCCACGACCCAGGACUUCCAGAUCCGCAACGACUCCCGCAGCGGCGGCACCAUCGGCCCGUCGCUGUCGAGCAUGAUGGGCGUGCGGGCCGCCGACGCGGGCAUCCCCCAGCUUAGCAUGCACUCCAUCCGCGCCACCACCGGCGCGCUCGACCCGGGCCUGGGCGUCAAGUUCUUCAAGGGCUUCCUCGACAACUGGGAGAAGAUUGACGGCGAGUGGGAGCACUAG